AAAUCUUAUAAGAUUUUAAUGCACAUUAUAUGAUUUAUUGUUUAAACAUUUUGUAGAUUCAGCACUGAUGUGUUACUAUUGUAAAAGUCAUCAACAUGCAAGCUGUGAAGCCAAAAAGGGUAAACGUUUGUUAAGACCUGAUCAAACUUUAAGUCCAAAAUUCAUUCUUAAUAUUUUAGAUCCACCGAAUUUUACAUCAAUGAACUGCGAGUCUGUACCUGAUACGGAAAAAGAGCUUGGAGCUCAAAACUAUUGUUAUAAAGUCAAAAAGGAAGUUCUGAAUGAACCAAAUAAUAUAUCAAUGGUUUACAAUCGAGGAUGUACCAUUGGAGGUGGGAGAACUGAUUUUUGCUUGACACAAUACAUCAGAGAUCCUGAAGUAAAAUGCUACUUGUGCAAUGACGAUCGAUGCAAUGAUGCAAAUGUUCUGAGAAUCGGAGAAUUUCUAAUGUUUGUUUCCUUCAUAUUAGCUUUUGUUAGUGGCUAUUCUGGCUAUGCUUUUGUCAUGUAAUAGAAAAUCGAGAAGAAAUGGAAAUAAAUUGUUUUGAUGUUUGAUGAAACU